AUGGCGACGACAACGACCUGCGUUGCGACCCAGCAGCAGCCCGCUGCCGAGGCCAAGGCCGCGCGCUUUUUCCAGGACGAGAUCGUCAUCGGUAGGAGUCGAGAGGAGGCUGCCGUGGCCAGCGAGAAGACUGUCGUUGCGGAAUACUCAGCAAAAACGAACGGGGUUGUGCCGGAGACAGUCACGUCGGAAAUCCCAACCACUGCAGAGAAUGCAGUCAAUCAUUCUGACGGCGCAGCAGUGGAUAGCCCCGUCGCCGCCGAUGAUGCGCAUGUCAGUGUGAACGGAGUCAAGAACGACAGUCCCAGCACCGACAGUCAGCCAAACGGUACGGCCGUCGCAGAUCAACCCCAAGUGAACGGACACAGCGCCGACAGCCCCGUCGACAGUGUCGACAGGCUCUGCGUGGCCUCGACGCAACAGGUCCUGCUGCUGCACGCCCCCAAGGAGAAAUACACCCUCGUCACCGACCAUGCCGUGCCGUCCAUCAUCCACGACCGAGAAGUUUUAAUCAAGAUCUCUGCUAUCGGCCUUAAUCCCAUCGACUGGAAAGCUCCGGCUUUCAACUUCGGCAUUCCCGGCCUACCGUGGAUUUUCGGCCGUGACCUGGCCGGCACCGUCAUCCAGACCUCUGCCAACUCGCGGCUAAAAGUUGGCGACGUCGUGCUGGUGCCGUCGACCGACUACCGCGACAUCCGCAAGGCCGCCUUCCAGGAAUACGCCAUCGCGACCGACUACAACGCCGCCCGCAUCCCGGCCAAGACGUCCAUCCACGCCGGGGCCUCGCUGGGCGUGGCGUUUGUGGCGGCGGCGCUGGCGCUGGGCAUUUCGUUUGGUCUGGACUUUGGGAACUGUGAAAAGGUCCCGGGACCUGACCUGCUGCGCAUUCUCCGGGGGCUGGACCCGAAGGAGAUCCCGGAGGACGUCCGCGACGAGUGUCUUUCGUCCGUGUCGGACUCGGAGAGAGUUAAGCCUGGCGAGUGGGUUGCUAUCUGGGGAGCAUCCACUACAACCGGAUAUAUCGCCCUGCAACUGGCCAAGCUGUGCGGUCUCAAGGUGAUCUGCGUGGCGGACAUUGCUCGCCACGGCGCACGCCUGCUCGACGCGGGCGCCGACCUGCUGGUCGACCGGUACGACACGACGCGCGCGGUGGAGAUCGUCCGGGGCGUGACGCAGGGCCGGCUGCGCUUCGGCGUGGACAUGGUCGGACGCGAGACGGCAACGAUCCUGCAGCAAGCGCUGUUCGCGAGCGAGCACGACGGACCCGCGGCGCAUCUGAUCGGGCUGACGGGCAUGCCCAAGGAGAAGGACGCGCGCAUCCGGUACCACGCGGUGCCCAUCAAGAUCUUCCAUUCGUCGCCCGCCGUGGGCGAGAGCAUGGUGACAUGGGUGGAGCGUCUGCUAGAGACGAACUCGCUGACGCUGCCCGAGGUGAUUAUCCGACGGGAGGGCGGCCUGGCUGAUGUCAACGACGCAUUGGAACUGCUCCGGGAUGGAUCGGUUGGAGGGAAGAGGAUUGUCAUCGACAUGGGGGCACAGAAUUAA